AGUGGCACCCGCGCUGUCCCUUCCGCGCAGCGCGGAGCGGAAGGGGAGGGGAGGAGGCGGUGGCGGCCAUGGGGCGGGACGGGGCUGCCCCAUAGGUUUGCGGGUUCCAGGCGGGACCCUAUUUGGGAACCCAUCGGCUGCUGGAGCUGCGGGACAGUUCGCUGGUUUGGACUCGGUGGUUUCGCUUCGUUGGGCUCGCUAAAAUGAAUUCAAAUCCUGAUCCCCCCUCAAGCCCUUCCCACCCCCAGCUGCAUCCUGGAAGGUCCCAGCUAAAUGCUGCUUCUGUGGACCAGAGGGAGAAUAAUCAGAAAUCUGGACCGUUCUCAGAAGAUGCUGCAGCUUUUUCUUCUCCAGUUCCUGGCUACUCCAGAAGUAGAGAGAAAGCUGAAAAAAAUGAGGGCAUGAAGGAAGAACCUGAUGUGCUCUUUGAGGAACUGCUUGAGAGGGCCAAAGCUGGAGAAGCAAAAGCACAAACAGAGGUGGGGAAACACUUCUUGAGGUUAGCAGAAGAGGAGGAUGAAGAACUUAACAACUGCAGUGCUGUUGACUGGUUCAUCCUUGCUGCUAAGCAAGGCCGGAGAGAAGCUGUCAAACUCCUGCGUAGGUGCCUGGCAGAGAGAAGAGGCAUCACUUCUGAGAAUGAGCAAGAAGUGAAGAAAUUAUCAUCUGAGACUGAUUUGGAGAGAGCGGUGAGGAAAGCUGCCUUAGUCAUGUACUGGAAAUUAAACCCAAAAAAGAAGAAGCAAUUAGAAGUUUCUGAACUACUGGAAAACGUUGGGCAAGUUGACAAUGAAGAUGGUGAGAAGCAACCUGGCCCAGUCCCAAAGUCUGUGCAGAAGCAGAGGAGGAUGCUGGAGCGAUUAGUGAGCAGUCAAUCUAAAAAAUUCAUCGCCCUGGAUGACUUUGUUGAAAUUACCAAGAAGUAUGCAAAGGGAAUCAUCCCAUCCAACCUGAUUAUGCAUGAAGAGGAAGAUGAUGAACUGGCAGGGAAGUCCCCUGAAGAGUUACCCCUACGCCUGAAGGUUGUAAAAUACCCACUUCAUGCCAUAAUGGAAAUUAAAGAACACCUUAUAGAUCUUGCAUCAAAGGCAGGAAUGCAUUGGCUGUCUACCAUUGUUCCAACCCACCACAUCAACGCCCUCAUCUUUUUCUUCAUCAUCAGUAACCUGACAAUCGAAUUUUUUGCCUUCAUUAUUCCACUGGUCAUCUUCUAUUUGUCCUUCAUUUCCAUGGUGAUUUGCACACUCAAAGUUUUUCAGGACAGUAAGGCCUGGGAGAACUUUCGGGCUUUGACUGACUUGCUGCUCCGUUUUGAGCCCAACCUAGAUGUCGAGCAGGCUGAGGUGAACUUUGGGUGGAACCACUUAGAGCCAUACAUUUAUUUUUUACUCUCGGUGUUCUUUGUCAUUUUUUCCUUCCCUAUAGCAAGCAAAGACUGGAUACCCUGCUCAGAGUUAGCCACCAUCUCUGUUUUCUUCACGGUGACAAGUUACAUGAGUUUAAGCACAUGUGCAGAACCUUACACACGAAGAGCCUUGGUGACUGAGAUAGCAGCAGGUUGCUUGUCCCUCCUGCAGGUGUUACCUGGGAAUUUUGGCUACCUGAAAUUCUUAGGUCAAACAUUCUUUACUGUUCCUGUCGGCCACUUCUUCGUGUUAAAUGUGAGCAUCCCGUGCCUUCUGUUUCUGUACCUGUUCUAUCUUUUCUUCAGAAUGGCCCAGCUACGGAAUUUUAAAGGCACCUAUUGCUACCUGGUCCCAUAUCUGGUCUGCUUUAUGUGGUGUGAGCUCUCUGUGGUCAUUCUCAGGGAGUCCUCUGGCAUUGGGCUCGUUCGGGCCUCAAUUGGGUAUUUCCUGUUCCUCUUUGCCCUCCCGGUGCUGGGGGUGGGAAUCGCCCUGAUGUGUCUGAUCCAUUUCAUUAAGUGGUUCCUGUCUCUGGAGCUCAUCAAAAUCCUGGUGACUCUGGUGUUGUGCACUGUCCCUUUGCUCUUCCGAUGGUGGACAAAAGUGAACUUCUCUGUAGUGGAGGUGGUGAAAUCCCUCACGAGAAGCUCGAUUGUGAAACUCAUCUUGGUUUGGAUCACAGCUGUGGUCUUGUUCUGUUGGUUCUACGUCUACCGCUCCGAAGGGAUGAAAGUCUACAACUCCACCUUGACAUGGAACCAGUAUGCUUUCCUCUGUGGACCCAGGUCCUGGAAGGAGACCAACAUGGCCAGGACUCAGAUUUUAUGCAGUCACCUGGAAGGACACAGAGUGACCUGGACCGGGCGGUUCAAAUACGUCCGCGUGACGGAAAUCGACAAUAGCGCCGAAUCCGCAAUAAAUAUGCUCCCCCUUUUUAUUGGUGAUUGGAUGAGGUGCUUGUAUGGGGAAGCCUACCCUCUUUGUGACCCUAAAAAUGUUACUCUGGAAGAGGAGGAGCUGUGUCGGCUCAAGUAUUUGACCAAGCAUAAAUGCCACAUGAAAAUGUUUGAUCGGUACAAAUUCGAGAUAACGGUGGGCAUGCCUUUCAGCAGCAAAAAUGGCAGCAAGCCCAUAGAGGAGGAUGAUAUCACCAAAGAUAUUGUGCUGAAGGCAAGUAGUGAGUUUAAAAAAGUCUUGCUGAACUUGAGGCAAGGGAGUAUAAUAGAAUUCAGCACAAUUCUGGAGGGUCGUCUCGGCAGUAAGUGGCCUGUCUUUGAACUGAAAGCAAUCACUUGCUUGAAUUGCAUGUCUAAACUCUUACCUGCAGGGAGGCAUGUGAAAAUAGAGCAGGACUGGAGGAGCACAGUGCAUAAAGCCAUUAAAUUUGCUUUUGAUUUCUUCUUUUUCCCCUUCCUGUCAGCUGCGUAGCGAGCUCGCACGUUGGUUCAGUGGUCUGCUCAGUGUACACUGUAUUUACACUACCAAAGGUUUGGCUUCUUCAAAGGAAAAGGAUUAAAAAUAAGAAAAAAAAAAAAGCCAACUUGCUGCAGCUGUGCUCAAAAUGUGUGCUGUAAUGUAGAGCAUUGGUUGGGUUUUGUAAUUGUACACACUGUAUCCUGAGUUUUAAACCCUGUAUGACUGAAGUAAUAAUACAUGCUAGGUUAAUAUUAUUAUAAGUGAAUGCAGGGGUUUGCUGCUGACUAAUUGCAUGGAGACUGUUUUGUCCAGAAUGGAUAGAGAUUUGCCUGUGGUACAACACUAGAUGCAUUUAUUAUCUCAAUGUUAAAAGCACUUUAUACUCUUUAAAUAUUCACAACGUGCCCUUUUGUGUUUUUACAGGUGUGAUUUAGGAUAGGUAGCUGACAACAGCUUAAUUUGCAGAUGUUGUUUGUAUUUAUUUGGGUUUUUUCUAGGAAAAAAGUGAUCUUGUAGUCAGUACUUGGUGGUGAUAGCCAUGUGCAGAACUCAUUGUUUCACUAUUUGUCCAGAAGAUGGUGACUUUAGUGUGUUUUGGAAAGGGCACACCAUUUCACAGCCUGGCAAGGUUGUAAAAAGUCCUCAAGCUUCCAUUUUGCAUUAAAUAUUUCUGUACAGAAUUUGGUCUUUGUUCUGAUUUGGUUGUGGUAGCUACACGAGAUCUCACUAAGAUACCGAAGCCAUGCUGGUCUCUGGAGGACAAACACCAGAGGGUAGAAGGUUGAGGGGGUACCCUCAGUAAUGAACAAGCCAAAGCAACUGAAUAGAGUACCUAACAGUCUGCAGUGGAAACUGAAAUAGUGUAUUUGUUGAAUGAUUUGUGGUGUGCAAAUAAAUAUGAAAUGCAAACUUGAGCUAA